AUGCUUUCUCGAUCCUUGACAACUGUUAGCCGUAUGGCUCCACAGGCUUUGGCAUCUCGCCAAUAUAGUAUCACUGCACCAAGACCACCAACCGAAAUCUCGCAAAAAUUGAAGGUCACAAUUAUUCCAGGAGAUGGUGUUGGACCAGAAUUGAUUUAUACUGUUCAAGAUAUUGUUAAACAAACUGGUAUUCCAAUUGAAUUUGAAGGUGAAUUUUUGGGGAAUGGGAAAGUUUCUAGAAAUCAAUUCCGAGCGAUCCCGCCUGUCAUUUUGAGCCUCUAUAAAUUAGAUUUGUAUCAUAGGCCUUUGCGAUUUUCAUAUUCAAAAAUUUUCUGAAACUCAUUUUCUAGAAAAUCUUUGAAUCAGAAUAAAAUCCCUCAAAUAAUUAUGCAGAUAAAGGAAAUCAAUACAAAAAUCCUCCCUAAUUUUUCAUCCCAAAAUCCCACCGUUUUCCAGAGGUUUUCUUGUCGGAAGUUCACUACACUCGCUCGGCUUCAAUUGAAAAUGCUGUCAAAUCAAUCUCCAAAAACAACAAUGUUGCUUUGAAAGGUGCGAUUGAAGAAUCGGCUGUUUUGCACACCGAAGGAGAACUUCAAGGAUUGAAUAUGAGAUUGAGAAAGGCUCUUGACUUGUUUGCCAAUGUUGUUCAUAUCAAGGUAUGUUUUCUACAUAUGCUGGAAAUUAUCUUCAGAAUUUAAAAAAAAACCAAAAAUUCCAGACUUUGGAUGGAAUCAAAACCAGACAUGGAAAGAAACUUGAUUUCGUAAUUGUUCGUGAACAAACCGAAGGUGAAUAUUCAAGCUUGGAACAUCAAUUAGUGCCAGGAGUCAUUGAAUGUCUUAAAAUCUCCACUAGACCAAAAUGCGAAAGAAUCGCCAAAUUCGCUUUUGAUUACGCCACUAAAACUGGAAGAAAGAAGGUUACCGCUGUUCACAAAGCGAAUAUUAUGAAACUUGGAGAUGGUUUGUUCUUGAAAACUUGUCAAGAUGUUGCUAAACAAUAUCCAAAAAUUGAAUUUGAAUCAAUGAUUAUUGACAACACUUGUAUGCAACUUGUUUCGAGACCAGAACAAUUUGAUGUUAUGGUUAUGCCAAAUCUUUAUGGAAAUAUCAUUGACAACUUGGCUGCUGGGUAAGGAUUUUUGGAAAUCUAAGAAAACAUUUUGAGUUAUCAUAAGUCAUAAAAGUAUUUCUAGAAUUCUCCAGAAGCUUAUGAAAAAUUUUCCAGACUCGUUGGUGGAGCAGGUGUCGUCCCAGGACAAUCAGUCGGCCGUGACUUCGUAAUUUACGAGCCAGGAAGUCGUCACUCUUUCCAAGAAGCCAUGGGAAGAUCCAUCGCCAACCCAACCGCCAUGAUUUUGUGCACCGCCAACAUGUUGAACCAUUUGCAUCUCGACGCCUGGGGAAACUCUCUUCGACAAGCUGUUCAAGAUGUUGUCAAGGAGGGAAAAGUUCGCACUCGUGAUGUUGGAGGGUAUGUUUUAUUUUAUUAGAAACGCAAACAUAUAUGUUUAUGUAUUUUUUAUUUCAGCUAUGCCACCACUGUUGACUUUGCCGACGCUGUCAUUGACAAAUUCCGCAUCUAA